AUGAGUUGGAAUUCAAAUGAUGCGACGAAUAGGACUCACAAUGGGUCAAUGUCUGCUACACCUCAAAAGCAGAAUUAUGUACAAGUUCCUUCGUCAUCUCCCAUAGUCAUAAAGUCAUCUCCUUCAGAUGCAGACCACACCACCACACAGCCAAGUUUUAAUACCAAAAUAGACGAACAAAAACAGAUGGAGAUUGAAAAGAAGCGACAAAGGAUUCGUGAACACAAGGAUUUUCCGCUUAUAAGGAAAAGGUUUUACUACUUGAGCGAGAGCGACAUAUUCAAAGGAUUUGUCAAGGGCAAGGGCAUUCUACGUGAUGUGACAAAAUGGUUGGAAGACAAUUAUAGUUAUAGCGAUUACUUGAAGAAACAGAAAGCUGAAAGAGAAAGCAAAUUAAAACAGGAAGAGUCAAUGAAACAGAAACUCAGAGAAGACCAACUAAAAAGAGAAUAUGAAGCAGGGUUGAAAAGAAAGGAUUAUGAACAAGAGGAGCAAAAUCAAGCUCAAAGCACCAGUGCUGCUUAUGAUGAUGAAGAUGAGUCCCCCGUUAAAAUGAAAGGAAGAGCCCGCGUCAAACUUGAAGAGGCCUCACCAAGCAAGGAAGACCAACUGUCAACUAAAGUAGAAAUCAAAGCAAGACAGUCUAUACUUAACAAGUACAAGAGCCAGGGCCCCAAACAAACCACUCUUGAAAGAUUUGGAAGAUUAGGUUCAUUAUCGAAUGAUAAUACGAAGAAGAGGAAAUUGGUCAGGGGCUCCUUGUUCGACAAGUCACAUUCGCCAAGCUCAGCUUCGGUUUCACCAGUUCCCGUACCAAGUUCAUUGAGCGCCAAGUUCAGUUUUGACAAUAACAACCAUAACAAUAGUGCAACUAGUUUGAAUAGCAGUGAAACCUCUUCACUAGUGGAUGAAUUGGAGGAGCUGGAAAGACGAAUUGCAGAGAAUCUGAAGUUGGCAAAACUACGAAAACAACAACUACUGAACCACAAUCAACAUAGUGGUAGCAGUAAAAGGGACCCAAUACAAAUUAGUGAUGACGAUGAUAUAUUGGGAGACGAUGAUGCAAGCGACUCCAUGUCGGAUGAAGAUCUCGACAUGAAUGCUGAUGAAGGACUCACCUCCAUUGACGGCAAAAUCCUCGAAUUUAUCAACAAUGCACCAAUUGAGGAUUUAAUUGAUAUAUCAAAUAUUGAACCAGAAACAGCCGAACUUGUCAUCUGCUCGCGUCCUUUCAACACGAUUUACGAUAUUUCAGAAAACGACUUCACCAAAGAAGAGACAAAGAAAAACAGCCGAAAGAAAAAGAUGGGAAUGAGAAUAAUCGAGCAGACAGAAUCGAGCUUGAAAGGAUAUAAAGCGAUUGAUUCUUUGAUUAAAAAAUGUGCCGAGUAUGGUGACGCAAUAUCGUCCCAAAUGAAGGAAUGGGGUGUUUCGCAAACAGGAGAAAAUGGAGAACUUGAUUUGGUUGAUCUAGACCCCUUGCAGGACAAUGAAAUUGAAGAGAACGGAGACGACGAUGAUGUCGUUAUUGUGAAGAAGAAGGGGUUGAAAUAUAUCAAACAUAAACCAGCCUUGUUGGAUGACGAGAUUACGUUGAACAAUUAUCAGCAAGUUGGACUUAAUUGGAUUAACUUGCUUUACCAUAAUAAGCUUUCUUGUAUUCUAGCUGAUGAAAUGGGGCUAGGCAAAACCUGUCAAGUCAUUGCGUUCAUGGCACAUCUAAAACAAGCUGGCGAAAAGGGUCCUCAUUUGGUGGUUGUCCCUGCCUCGACUAUUGAAAAUUGGAUUCGUGAGUUCAACAAGUUUUGUCCUGGUAUAAAGGUCCAAGCUUAUUAUGGAUCCCAAAAGGAAAGAGAGGAAUUGAGAUACGAGUUGCAAGAUGCUGAAUACGAUGUAUUGGUCACGACUUAUUCAUUGGCCUGUGGUUCACCUCAUGAUGCCAAGUUUUUAAAACACCAAGAUUUUAAUGUUGUGGUUUAUGACGAAGGACACUUGUUGAAAAACUCGCAAUCGGAGAGGUAUGCCAAGUUGAUGAAACUAAAAGGUCGAUUUAGGUUAUUGUUGACAGGAACUCCGUUGCAAAACAACUUGAAAGAAUUGGUGUCACUUUUAUCAUUCAUCUUGCCUCAGGUGUUUAACGAGAAAAGAGAUGAUCUUGUGGGGAUUUUCCGUCAAAGGGCAAGUGCCGUUUCUGAAAAUGGCAAAUCAACAUCAAAGGAGUAUAAUCCGUUGUUAUCUAUGCAAGCAAUCAAGAAUGCUAAAAUGAUGAUGACACCUUUUGUGUUGCGAAGAAGGAAAGACCAAGUUUUGCAGCAUUUGCCAGCAAAGUGCCAUGAGAUCGUGCAUUGUAAAUUGACUACUGAUCAAGCUCAGUUGUACAACAAAUUUCUUGACGAUGGCAGAAGAAUAAGGAAGGAGAGAGAGAGGAGAAAGAAUAUGUCAGGUGCUGAGGUUAUCAAAUUGAACAAAUUGGAUCCUAUUCCAACAUCAUCAAAUGUAUUGAUGCAAUUGCGUAAAGCUGCAUUGCAUCCAUUACUAUUCCGAGUCAUCUAUGAUGACAAGAAGCUCAAACUGAUGGCGAAAGCUAUAAUGAAUGAACCUGAAUAUGUUGAAGCCAACGAGACAUUUAUCUAUGAGGACAUGACCGUGAUGUCAGAUUUUGAAUUAAACAACUUGUGCAUUAAAUUUCCACACACUUUGAGAAAAUGGCAGUUGGAUGAAUCGUCAUUUUUAGAUAGUGGCAAAGUUGUUGAGCUAAAAUCUAUUCUCGAUACCAUCAUCAACAACAAGCGAGAAAAGGUGUUGAUAUUUUCCCUUUUUACACAAGUUUUGGACAUUUUAGAAAAGGUUCUUUCCAUCUUCAAGUAUAAAUUCGUCAGACUUGAUGGUGGUACCAAGGUUGAAGAAAGACAAGAAACAAUUGAUAUGUACUAUGACGACGACACAAUUCCAAUCUUUUUGUUGUCGACCAAAGCAGGUGGUUUCGGUAUCAACUUAGUGGCUGCCAAUAAUGUCAUAAUAUUUGACCAGUCCUUCAACCCUCAUGACGAUAAGCAAGCCGAGGAUAGAGCUCAUAGAGUAGGACAAACCAAGGAAGUGACGGUGUACAAAUUCAUUACCGAAAAAACGGUCGAAACUAAUAUCUUGAUGAUUGCUGAAAACAAGUUGCAGUUGGAUUACAGCAUCUCAUCAAAUGAAGCUACGGAUAGUAGCAAGUUUGAGGAAAACGCAGCAUCCAUAUUUGAGAAGAUAUUAUUUGAGGAGAGAAAUAGUUGA